GAUGAAUCUUGUAAAACAUUUGUCAUGCACAAUGAAGAUCAUACCUUGGGCAAUUCACUAAGAUAUAUCAUCAUGAAAAAUCCAGAAGUAGAAUUCUGUGGCUAUACAGUUCCUCAUCCAUCUGAAAAUAAAAUUAAUUUUAGAAUUCAAACUCGAGGUAAGCCUGCAGUUGAUAUAUUUAAGAAAGGUCUGGAAGAUUUAAACAAACUCUGUGAACAUGUACUUCAAACUUUUGAGGUGGGUUUUACUUAG